ACUGGAACUACUAUGAAGCCUUCUUGGUUUGCACUCAUGUUGGCAGUGCUCAGUACUGAAAUGCUAACAAGUCACUGUUCCACCAUCAAGUCCCCAAGGUUCAGAGGACGUGUGCAGCAGGAGCGAAAGAAUAUCAGACCAAAUAUCAUCCUUGUACUCACAGAUGAUCAAGAUGUGGAGCUAGGGUCCUUGCAAGUGAUGAAUAAAACCAGGAGGAUUAUGGAGAAUGGAGGGGCCUCUUUCAUCAAUGCCUUUGUAACUACCCCCAUGUGCUGCCCAUCUCGUUCCUCCAUGCUGACUGGGAAGUAUGUGCACAACCACAACAUCUACACCAACAAUGAAAACUGCUCUUCUCCCUCAUGGCAGGCUACUCACGAGCCUCGCACCUUCGCUGUGUACCUCAAUAACACUGGGUAUAGAACAGCUUUUUUUGGGAAAUACCUCAAUGAAUACAAUGGCAGCUACAUCCCUCCUGGGUGGAGAGAGUGGGUUGGAUUAGUGAAGAACUCUCGCUUCUAUAAUUACACCAUUUCUCGCAAUGGUAACAAAGAGAAGCACGGAUUUGAUUAUGCAAAGGACUACUUCACAGACCUAAUCACUAAUGAGAGCAUUAAUUACUUCAGAAUGUCUAAGAGGAUAUAUCCCCAUAGGCCCAUAAUGAUGGUCAUCAGCCACGCUGCACCCCAUGGCCCCGAGGAUUCUGCACCACAGUUCUCAGAGCUCUACCCCAACGCUUCACAGCACAUAACUCCCAGCUACAACUAUGCACCAAACAUGGAUAAGCACUGGAUUAUGCAGUACACAGGGCCCAUGCUUCCAAUCCACAUGGAGUUUACCAACGUCCUGCAGCGCAAGAGACUUCAGACCCUGAUGUCAGUUGAUGACUCUAUGGAAAGAUUACACCAAAUGCUUGCAGAGAUGGGAGAACUGGAGAAUACCUACAUUAUUUACACUGCUGACCAUGGAUACCAUAUUGGGCAGUUCGGACUGGUCAAGGGGAAGUCAAUGCCGUAUGACUUUGAUAUUCGAGUUCCUUUCUUUAUUCGUGGUCCAAGUGUGGAGCCGGGAUCAGUUGUGCCUCAGAUAGUUCUGAAUAUUGAUCUUGCUCCAACAAUUCUGGAUAUAGCAGGCCUUGACACACCUCCAGAUAUGGAUGGCAAAUCUGUCCUAAAGCUUCUGGACUUGGAGAGACCAGGAAACAGGUUUCGAACAAACAAGAAGACCAAAAUUUGGCGUGACACAUUUCUAGUGGAAAGAGGCAAAUUUCUACGCAAGAAGGAGGAACCCAACAAAAACACUCAGCAGUCUAAUCAACUACCAAAGUACGAGAGAGUAAAAGAACUAUGCCAGCAAGCAAGAUACCAGACAGCCUGUGAACAACCAGGACAGAAGUGGCAGUGCACAGAGGAUGCUUCUGGCAAACUCCGAAUCCACAAGUGCAAGGUGUCGAGCGACAUCCUGGCCAUCAGAAAGAGAACGCGCAGCCUCCACUCCCGGGGCUACGGCGGCAAAGACAAGGACUGCCACUGUGGAGACACUGAUUACCGGAACAGCAGGACCCAAAGGAAAAAUCAAAGACAGUUCCUGAGAAACCCUAAUGUGCAAAAAUACAAACCUCGAUUUGUUCACACUCGCCAAACCCGGUCCUUGUCAGUGGAAUUUGAAGGUGAGGUAUAUGACAUAAAUCUGGAAGAAGAAGAACUGCAGGUGUUGAAGACCAGAAGUAUCACCAAGCGUCACAAUGCUGGAAAUGAGGAGGAAGGAGAGGAAACUGCUCGUGCUGCUCGUGACACAAUGGUUGCUGAUGGCACUGAUGCUUUGGGCCAACCCAGCUCUGUCAGAGUGACACACAAAUGUUUCAUUCUUCCAAAUGACACUAUUCACUGUGAGAGGGAGCUGUACCAGUCUGCCAGAGCCUGGAAGGAUCACAAGGCUUACAUUGAUAAGGAGAUCGAAGCUCUCCAAGACAAAAUUAAGAAUUUGAGGGAAGUUAGAGGACACCUAAAAAGAAGAAAACCAGAUGAAUGUGACUGUAGUAAACAGAGCUAUUACAACAAAGAGAAGGGGGUAAAGGCCCAAGACAAACUCAAGAGCCAUCUUCAUCCCUUCAAAGAAGCAGCACAGGAGGUGGAUGGCAAACUGCAGCUGUUCAAAGAGAACCGGAGAAGGAAGAAGGAGCGCAAGGGAAAAAGGCGCCAGAAGAAGGGAGAUGAGUGUAGCCUUCCUGGGCUGACAUGUUUCACCCAUGACAACAACCACUGGCAAACAGCACCAUUCUGGAACUUGGGCUCUUUCUGUGCUUGCACAAGCUCCAACAACAACACUUACUGGUGUUUGAGAACAGUUAAUGACACCCACAAUUUUCUGUUUUGUGAGUUUGCAACCGGCUUCUUGGAAUAUUUUGAUAUGAACACUGAUCCCUAUCAGCUGACCAAUACAGUUCACACAGUGGAAAGAGGCAUUUUGAAUCAAUUACACGUCCAGCUGAUGGAACUGAGAAGUUGUCAAGGUUACAAGCAGUGCAAUCCAAGGCCAAAGGGACUUGAAACAGAGGACAAUUAUGGGAUGGAUGGGAAGGCUAAGCUGCCCAUUUUCACUGGCGACGUUGACUGGCAAGGACUGGAAGACUUGUACAGUGUGAAUGAAAGUGUAUAUGAAUACAGACACAACUUUAGACUUAGUCUGGCUGACUGGACUAAUUACUUGAAGGAUGUAGAUAGAAUGUUUGCACUGCUGAACAGUUACUACCAGCAAAAGAAACCAGACAAGGAUAACACUGGUCAGAGCAACGGGGAGGAAUCAUCCACGCCGUUCACCUUGGUGGAAAUGCCUUCUGCUGAGGAGUCCAGCGGCCUGACUGCAGAAGAGUUGCAGCUUAUUGUGCCAACAGACUUUGCAACCCUUGCUUUGAGCACAGUGCAUUUAAGUCAGGAGAGGAAACUUGAAUUCAACAAUGAUAUUCCUGAGAAAAGUAGUUUGAAUGAUGCACACUGGAGAAAUAGUCAUCCAGCUGAACAAUGGAUGGAGGGUAAAGAAUCUGACCGUUUUGAUAUGGAUUUCAGUGGGAACGGUUUGAUAGAGUUGGAGUCCCAGCAUAGCUUCAUGCUACAGCCCAUCAGCAUUCCUCAGAAAGACACUCAUCAGGAUAGUGACACUGUGGAAGAUAUAUUUGAAGACCAAAUGUAUCUUCCCAUGAGGUCUGAUGAACCCUUUGUCCGUCAGACCGUAAAUAUAUCCAUUAGGGAUUCACCUGUCAGUACCCAGGAAGAAGGAACUUUCUUAAAAAAAGCCAAACAGAGUCUUGCAGGAGAAAGUUCACAAAUCCUAAAUGCAGAAGGCAGUGCCUCAGCUCCACUCUCCUUGGAUUAGAUCAAGUUGUAAACCAUUAAAUAAGUUCUCCUUUUUCUUAUUAGCAAACUAAUAAAGGUAAUCAAGACAACUGACAUUCCAUGUUUAUUGUAGAUACAUUUUGCAGCUAAAUUGAGCCCAGUUCAGUAUUUGUCUCUGUGCAUUUUUUUUUUUUAUUCACACGCACAUGCUUUCACUUCUCCACACUGGGAAGCAAGAUUUCCAGUUUUCCAUUAAAGGAAACAGUGUUAACUUUCAAAUGCAGUAGCACAUUCUCUGAAAGCUAAAAAUUAUUUCUUCGUAAAGAAUGUCGAAGUCACUUUCUCUAUUUCCAAAUGAUCCCACCAUGACUGAGUGUUUCAGUUCACCCAAUAUGCCUGCAUAAUGUCUUUUUUAUCAAUUAUUUUAACCACUGGCAAUUCUUAAUGCCAUGCUUUCAAGUAAAAUGCACUUUUAAAAUCUGUAUGCCAUACCAUUUAUGCAUCUAAUACCUUACAGGUUCUUAGCUUGCUCGUUGUCUUAUGAAAUUGUGAAACCAAUAAACAGACUGACCUGAAAGAGAUAAACACCAUGGAUUGUGGAAACAGACUCUUCAAAUAUUAUCUUAGCAAAAAUAUUGCAUGUUUUUGUUGCUUUAGUAAAUUUACUCUCAGAAAGGUAUGGCUAAUGAUUGUGAACUGUAGAAGGAUUUGUUUAAAUUGGAUUGUUUCCCUAUAUGUUGAUAUUGUCAGUAUUAAAAUUCCGUUAAUUUUUCUGACUUUUUUUUUUCUGCUGAUACUGGUAGAAAGGUUUACAUCAGUACAUAAAUGCUUUUGUUGCCCCACCUGAUUUUUAUUAUUCUGAGCAAUAUCUUGAAAGCAUUAUUAUCAUUUUGAGUCUUAAAUUCUUUUUCUGUUUUCAACAGGCAUUAAAGGGAAUGAUAAAAUCAUGUUAGGUUUCCAUUAUUUUAGACACAAAAGGCACAUGAGAGUAAAAAAUAGUAGCUUAGUAAUAAUUUUUGUUGUUGUAUUCUAAAUUUUUUCUUGAACUUUACCAAGCAUUAAAUCGUAUUAAGUAUAACACAAAAAUGACUUUGAAAAUCUGUAUUAGUCAAAAUUUAAUAUUUUCCCUUGCUCUUUUAUAAAUUUCUAAAUAAUUAUCACCACAGCAACAAAAGAGAAUUACCUCAAACAGAUGUAAUUCCACAGUGUCCAACUCACGGGUGCAUUUCCUACCUGUUACAUGUUAUUUAGUGUAGUGAAUAUUUUUUGGCUAUUGCAAGCACUUCAGGUUAAACUUACAUUCAUUACAUUGUAUUUUAAGUUGAAACUUUUUUAAAAAGGAGAUUCUUUUAGUAGGAUUUUAAUAAUUUUAAGAAGCAGUCUUUUUGAUGGACUCUGUAAAUAUGUUAAAAUUACUAGUUCUUUAUCUGAUGUAUGUGUCAUGGGCUGAUUGAUAGAAACACAUAUUUAUGGUCAUGAAUGAUGCUAUUUGUACAUAGGUUUUAAGUUACUAGGCUACAAACUGUGUUUUUAAAUCUUGUAUAAUAUUUCUGUGAUACUUUUAUAGUACAAUUCUGGCUUCGGGAAAGUCUAGAAGCAAUAUUUCUUGAAAUAAAAAGUGUUUUACUUUA